AUGAAAAUCCAGACCUUCCUCGCGACGGUGCUCACCGCCUUCACAUUCGCCCUCGCCCUCGUAGCGCCCGAACACCACAACGUUGAGCGCAUCGCCCGCAACGAGCACGACUCUGAACUGUGGAAGCGCAAGGGCGGAGGCGGUGGUGGUCGCGGUGGCGGCGGCGGCGGUGGAGGCAACCGUGGUGGAGGCGGCAGCAGAAGCAGCAACAGCGGUCGCCCUCCCAACACGGGCGGUUCCCAGGGCGGACGCACCGUCGGCGGCAGCGGUCCCCAGCCCAGAUUCGGCGGCGGUCGCUACUACGGAGGUGGUGCCGUGGCCCCCUAUCGCGCCGGCAACCGCAGUCCUGUCGGCUUCAUCGCGCCCUUUGUCCUCGUCGGCGCUGCCGCCCUCUACUUCUGGCCCGGCAGCUGGUACGGCCACCGCGUCCAGCACUACGAGUUCAACAACACCCACACCUUCUUCAACGAGUCGGCCAACGAGAACCAGACCAAGCCCGUCAUCUGCGGCUGCAUCGAGGAACUGCCCUGCGGCUGCGACGAGCCCCAGGACCGCGGCGACCGCGACGCCUUCCUCAACGAGCUGAUCGGCAACGGCUCCUACGCCGCCCUCAACAAGUCGGUCAUUGAUGUCGGCGAGCGCGAUGGCAGAAGCACCCUCCUCCUCAACGGCACCCUGCCCAACGACACGACCCUCGCCGACGCCAACGCCGAGAGCGCUGCCAUGCAUGCGCUCGUGCAUAAUGUCGGCUGGUGGCCCAUGGCCGGCGCCGCGCUGGCCGCCGUCCUCAUUGCAUAG